UCCUCGUUUAUAUCCCUCCAGCGCUCCGUGUGCUGGACGUGACACAGCAGCAUGGAUCCACGGAAAUUGGCAGAGCUCAAGGGCUUCGUGCAGAUGUGCGAGUCCAAUCCCAGCGUGCUGCACCUCCCGGAGAUGGGCUUCUUCCGGACCUGGCUGCUGGGCAUGGGAGCUACAAUCCCUCCCCCACCUAAAGCAGAGGGUUCAUGCCAGGGUGGCUGCCCCUGUGGUCCUCCCCCAUCAGCCGCUUCACCUCCUGAACCUUCUGCGCCGUCAGAGAGCGAGGAGAGUGAAAUAGAAAUUGACACCGAAGGAGUGAUUGAGCCUGACAAGAUUGAUCCAGAUGAUUUCUGUGACCUUGACAAUGUUGAGGUCACAGAGGAGAUGAUGGACCAGGCCGACUCCAAGAAGAUCGAGGCCAUCAGUGCUCUGGGAGAAGGCGAACUGCAGAAAGCCCUGGAUCUGUUCACUGAAGCCAUCAAGCUGAAUCCUUGCGUAGCCAUCUUGUACGCAAAGAGGGCGAGCGUCUACAUUCGGAUGCAGAGGCCCAACGCAGCCAUCAGAGACUGUGACAAAGCCAUCCGCAUCAACCCAGACUCUGCACAGCCCUACAAGUGGAGGGGGAAAGCUCACAAAUUGCUGGGUCACUGGGAGGAGGCAGCCAAGGAUCUGGCCACAGCCUGCAAACUGGACUACGACGAGGACGCCAGCGCGAUGCUGAAGGAGGUGCAGCCAAAGGCCAACAAGAUCAUGGAGCAUAGACGCAAAUACGAGCGCAAGAGGGAAGAGAAGGAGCUCCGAGAGAAGCAGGAGAGGCUAAAGAAAGCCAGAGAGGAGCACGCACGUGCUCAGAGGGAAGAGGAGGCGCGGCAGUUCGGAGGAGGAUACUUUCCAGGCGCGGCCGGAUUCCCAGGUGGAAAUCCUCCAGGCAUGCCCGGGCUGGGAGAACUCCUGAAAGAUCCCGAGCUGCUCAACGCCAUGAAGGACCCAGAGGUGAUGGCCGCCUUCCAGGACGUGGCGCAGAACCCGUCCAACAUCUCCAAGUACCAGAACAACCCCAAAAUCAUGGCGCUCGUCACCAAGCUGAGCACCAAGUUCGGAGCGCCCCCGCAGCCGUAGGGCGGCGGCGAGGGCCCCGGACAGAAACGCCGUGGAGGGCGUGGCUUUUCAACAAAUUCCUCACUGUGUCGUACUUCAAACCGCGGGUGGUGACGGGGGAACGGGUGUGUUGUAGAAAGCUGGGCUACUUUUUUUAACGAUCUUAAUCGGCCUGUUAGCACUUAGCAGUAUUUCAAAGAGCCGACGGUUCGGGAGUGGGACGCAGACGAAGCUCUGCCCACAGGUCCACACUUCUGAACCCGCUUUAAGAUGCUACAUUUCUACAAACACUCCAGGCGCGUUAACGGUUUAGCUACUGUUAUUUUUUCUCUCUCUCUCUCGUUUCUUUUCUGUGAUUAGAUCCCUCACACACAAUUUUCAGCACUUUUGAAUUGUUGUUACAGACGUUCUGACAAUGUGUGACCCUGAUGGAGUAAUGAUUCUCAAUAAUAAAAACCUUUGUUGCUGCAGAACUGAU